UGUUUACACAUGGAAAGUUUCAAGCUUUUUUGCACAUGAGUCAUGUUUCUUUCUUUUUUUCUGUGUGGUAAUAAUAUUUGCGAUGUGUGUGUUUGUCUCUCUCUCGUCACUCGAAUUUUUUUUUUUUUAUAUCCGACAACAAACAAUUGUCUUUGAAUUCAAUUCUAGGGCAACUGCGAAAAAAAAUUGCUAAUUUUGUGUGUUUUGAUUAGUGUGUCUGAUGAUUAUGAGAUAAUUUGUAAUUAGGAGUCGCGAUUUAGGGGCUAAACAUGGGUUUGCAUGUUGGAUUACUAGUGGGAUCUCAUCUUGUAUAAAUCCCCAAGAUUUGAAACGCAAAAGAGAUAGGCUUAAUUCGAAAUGGAGAAGGAAAGCCAUGAGGAGAACAACAACCACACUGUCUCUGGUGAAGUCAUUGCCAAACGGAAACCUGGUCGCCCCAGAAAGCACCUCAAGCUAGAAGACUCCACCGAGCAGCCUCGCCACAUUGAAAGCGAUGAAGCUAUGGUUGGGCAGCACGUUACUGGCGUCAUCGAGGCAACUUUUGAAGCCGGCUUCUUGCUUUCGGUUAAGCUUGGUAACUCUGAUACCGUGCUUAGAGGUGUGGUGUUCAGGCCUGGUCGCUGCGAGCCUGUAUCGGUUGAUAACGAUAUUGCUCCUCAUGUUCCAAUGAUAACAAGAACCAGCGACGUGACGCAUCAACACGGAUUGCCAGCUAAACGAGGUCGUAAAUCUAGGUUCCGUGAGAAGCGUGGUGAUAGAGCAUUGGCUCCUGUUCCGAUUCUUCCCGCUAAUCCAGCAAUGCCCAACCAUCCUUUGGGUCUGGUCGUGGAGAAUGGCAGUGGGAGUGUCCCGGUCCACCAGGGACAUAUGCAGACCGAGUCUCAAGUGAGUGGAGGUAGUAAUAGCAAGCCGUUUGAGACGCUGCUUACACGAGUGAUGAAGGAAGGUCAAGUCCAUAACAGCACGUCACAGUUCACUGAACCUGAGGAGCAGGCUCUGUCUAUUGAGCCUUUGCAGGCUAUACACCCGGUCCAUCCAGUACAUAUCCCAAAACCAAUGCCGAGUUAUGGACGUGGCAAGAUGACAGAGCUUCUUCAGGCCGUGCAGGAGAAUGUGAGGGAGACCCAUUUUUCUCAAGGACAGUGAUUCUUGCUGCAAAUCGUUGAGAGUUUUUAAAGGCUGAUUCAAUCUCAUUGUAAUCAGAUAUAGGGAAACAGAAUUUAACUACUGUCUAGCUUAAAGAUGUCAGAAAAGUUUAUGAUGAUUCGUUAUAUAGAUAUCUGCUCAUAACUACUUUUUCUUAA